ACAAAUUCAUCAUCUCCAUGGACAUCACAGAGCGAUUGUCGCAAUAACACCGAAACCUUUUGUGCCUUUUCGUCCAGCAGCUUUGCAGGCGGCAGAGGUAUAUCGAUCUUAACAACGCCCGGUCGCAUUGAGAGUCUGCAGCAAUUAGCAGCCUUUGCCGAUGCUGACGCAUUAUCGGGCGUCAAUGAGCAACUUUCGCCAGCGUUUGAAGAAAAAGAGCUCCCCGGAAGAGGGCGUGGUCUCAUUGCAAAUAAGACGCUGCAUCGCGGCGAUAGGAUAUUUGCCCAUACUCCCAUCUUGAUGCUGGAUGGAGAGAGUUUUGGAGACUUGGAAAAGGAACAGUGGCUGGAGCUGGAACAUGCCGCUGUCAAUAACCUUCCACUAAAAACGAGAACGAUGUUUUCCGCACUAUAUGGCCGUCCAGUGACAGAUCCAGUGAGCGAUCGGAUUGACACUAAUGCGUUUGUACUUGAACUGAACGAAGUCACAUAUUACGCUGUGUUUCCCGAAACAGCUCGUCUCAACCACGACUGUCGCCCUAAUGCAGCCUAUUUUUUUGACAAACAAACUCUCACACACUAUGUGCACGCUAUUACAGAUAUUACUCCUGGUACCGAGAUAACCAUAACAUAUGUUGAUCCUCAUAUGCCACGCCAAAAGCGUCUCAAAAAAUUAUCUUCUCUCUGGGGAUUCGACUGCUCUUGCAGCUUAUGUAGCCUUCACCCUGAGUUAGCGCACGCAUCUGACGAACGCCUUGACCAGAUUACAACAAUAAACGACCGUCUGGAAGACUGGGAAUCGGCACCACUACAAAUGGCACAGACACUUAUCAGCCUUUACGAGCAAGAGCGCUUACACGCUCCAGCAGGCUCAGCGUAUUGGUAUGCAGCGCUGAUGAGCUGCACGCAUGGAUUGUAUUGGGAGACAAUUCGUUAUGCACAACUGGCAAUAGAGUUGGGGCUCCUAGACUACGGCUUUGAAGAUGAGAGCUUUCACCGCAUGAGGCAGCUAGCAAAAGAGCCAGCUGAAGAUGAGUGCUGGCUGGCAAGG